AUGGGCAACGCUUUGGUCAAGGAAAUCUCGAGCCACCAGAAGAAGGAGGAGCUCAACCUCGCCAGCCGAGGACUCAAGGCCAUCCCCAAUGUCCUGGGAAAGUGCGUCAGGCUCAAGCGCCUCGACAUCUCCGGCAAUGAGCUGGCCGAUCUGCCCGAGGAGCUGUCCAAGCUCGUCGAGCUCAAGGUCCUCACGUUCUCAAAAAACAACAUCACGUACUUUUCGCCGACCCUCCCACCCUCUCUGGAGGAGGUUUACGCCAGCGGCAAUCGGCUGUUCUAUGUCCCGAUUCCUCCAAAGAUCAGUAGCCUCGUCAACCUUCGUGUCUUGGAUCUGAGCUCCAACCAGCUCGAAGAGAUUCCUGCAGAGAUUGGACAGAUCCAAACCUUGGAGACAGUGAUCCUGUACAGCAACGAUUUAAAGGUGUUUCCUCCGGGUCUGUAUCAGCUCUCGUCUCUCAAGCUCUUGAAUAUGAACCAUAACAAGAUCCGAGAGAUCGGGCCUGAGAUUGCGGAUCUCAAGACCCUGGCGGAACUGCACAUGGAGUUCAACCAGCUCACGAAGCUGCCCGAGAAUAUCGGAAAGGCAGGCUCACUGAUCCGGUUGCUCCUGGGCAACAACUUCAUCAAGAGCAUUCCGCUUUCGUUCGGAGAUCUGGCUCAGCUUCAGGAGCUUGAUAUCAAGGAAAACCAUGAGCUGUACGAGUUUCCGCUCUCGCUUGCUCGCCUCAAGUCGCUCCGGAGACUGGAUAUCAGCAACAGCAAGAUCGAGGGUAUCCCCAUCUCUCUCAAGAACUGGACCGAAAUGACGGAACUGAUUCUGAGAGAAAAUGGACAGAUUGAGGAUAUGCCAGGCAUCAUUGGGAAUCUCAAGGUGCUCAAGAAGCUCGAUGCCUUUGCCUGUUCGCUCAAGGGCCUGCCGGACGAGAUUGGCGAGCUGACCGAGCUGUCGUGGCUCGACCUUCGAAAGAACCACAUCACUGCUCUUGGAAUCCCAUCGACGAUCAGCCAGCUGCAAGCACUGAGCAAGCUGUUCCUCAGCAACAACGACCUGGAUGCACUGCCAGAGGAGCUUUGCCAACUUUCCCAGCUACAAGAGCUGGAUGUGAGCUCCAACCUGAUUGCCGCGCUGCCCGAGGGCAUCGGCAACCUGGGUGCGCUGGAGAAGCUCUUUGUGAACGGAAACAGUCUCGAGGCCUUGCCAGCGUCGAUAAAGAAUCUCAAGAAGCUGUCGGUGCUUGAGCUCCGCUCAAACAAACUUCGGUCACUGCCGGCGGAUAUUGGCGAGCUCGUGGCGCUGACCCGACUGGAUAUCACGCACAACCAGCUCAACGACCUACCGGUAUCCAUGUCCAUGCUCAAGGACUCGAUGACGCUGGAGCUCAAGGACAAUCCCUUUGACAACCCGCCGCAAAACAUCAUUGUGCAAGGAACGGCGGUGAUCUUUGGCUACCUCAGGGAGCAGGCCAGCAACAAGACCCCAGGCGGGGAACUGCCGACUGUCUUGCCGCUGCCACCGCCGGCCACCGUCGGCCAGCGCUCUGGCAGCGACAAGGGCACCCACCCACACCAGCACCGGCCCUGGGUUCUUGCCCGUUGUGACCCUGAACCCGUUUCCCAACCGUCGUCCGCUUUGAUCCUGGCCGCCCUGAGUGAUAAAACCUCGUUCCACAAUCCCCUCCUCUGGUUGCGGAGGGGGGUCUCGCCCUCGAAUCGCUCUUCUUCGCCAACGAUUUCCACGGAUGACAUCGACGAGCUCCAUGGCGAGCUGGAUGCACCAACUUCCUCCUACAACGGCUCGCCGCUGUCGCCGUCGACUCCCAAUCUUGAUGUCGUCCACGAGAGCUCCUAUCUGACCUUCCCACCGCCCAACCCCAACAAGCGGGACCACAAGCGCAGCCUGUCGUCGCUGGCAUCGUCGUUUUUCGGGCGCAAGGGCACACCCCCAGCCCGGUCGACGCUCUCCAACUCGAUCGUCGACAUCUCGGAGAACUUCCAGAUGCCGGCCCAGGACCGGCUUGAGCCGUGGAUGCCCUUCCCGUUGUCGCCCCCUCCGCCAGCCAAAAUCGAGCCACCGAUUUCGCUGUCGGAUGGAGCGCCGCACUCCCCCGAGCCGCUCGCGAUCCCACUGCCGAGCCAUCUCAUCAACUCGCCGCGGCUCGCUCCCAGCGAACGCACCGAUUCGCCCGACAUCCCGCAUGUCAUCCAGCUCGAAGACUCGCUCGCGGCUAUCGAGGCCAGCAUCGCCUCGGGCACCGUUCAUCCCGGAACGGCCUCCGACCUGGCCGAGAACGGCAUCACUCCGGCACACUACGACACGAUAUACCAUUCCCUGAUGGAGCAGCGGCGGUUCGCCCGGCCGGUGCCUUUGAAUUUCAUCACUGCCGUCCUGAUCCAUGGAUGGAAGCGCGAGGGGCUGAUGACCGACCAUCCCGAUGGCGAAGAGGGAUAG